AUGGUCACACUCAACGCAAUCCAAUCUCCUCGAGACGGAUCCCAGGAAGAGGGACAUAACGGCGAGCCAGUCCUCCACCAGCGCAUUCCAGAGGACGAAAGCCCUGAACACGAGCGCAAUAUAAGCAGCGGUGGUAACUUCUCUGGAAACGACCAAGCACCAGCACUCCCCUCUUCCCCGUCCACUCCAGCAUGCCCCCCAAUCGCCAUAGUAGGCAUGGCCGUCCGACUCCCGGGCGGCGUCAAAUCCCCCUCGCAGCUCUGGGACUUCCUAAUCAACAAGCGCAACGGCGUCUGCGAGGUCCCAGGAACCCGCUACAACAUCGACUCCUUCUACAGCCCGAGCAUGUCCCGCUGCGUGAAGACCCGCGCUGGGUACUACCUGCACGAGGACCCCGCGUAUUUCGACGCGGAUUUCUUCAACAUCAACGCGCACGAGGCAGGCCGGAUGGACCCGCAGCAGCGGCAGCUGCACGAGGUCGUCUGGGAGUGUCUUGAGAGCUCGGGGGAGACAGAUUGGCGCGGGAAGAGGAUAGGUUGCUACGUUGGGGUUUAUGGCGAGGACUGGCUGGAUCUGGCGAGUAAGGAUCCGCUGCAUACGGAUCGGUAUCAUAUUUUGGGGACGGGGCAGUUUGCGCUGGCGAAUCGGUUGUCGUAUGAGUUUGAUUUGCAGGGGCCUAGUAUGACGCUGCAAACUGGGUGUUCGGCGUCGUUGGUCGGACUUCACGAGGCGUGUCAGGCGCUGUAUUCGGGAGACUGCUGCUCGGCGAUUGUGGCGGGGACGAAUCUGAUGUUUGCGCCGACGAUGACGGCGACCAUGUCUGAUAACACCGUCAUGUCGCCGACUGGGACGUGUCGCACGUUCGACGAGGCAGCGGACGGGUAUGGUCGUGGUGAAGGUGUCAAUGCGCUGUACGUGAAGAGGCUGGAAGACGCAAUUCGAGACAACGACCCCAUCCGCGCAGUAAUCCGAGCGACGUCGACAAACUGCGAUGGGCAUACACCGAGUAUCACAACGCCUGGAUCUCAUUCUCAAGAAGCACUCGUUCGAUGGGCUUACGAGAAAGCCGGUAUCCCGGAUAUCACGCAAACUGGGUUUUUUGAAUGCCAUGGGACGGGGACAGUCGCCGGCGACACAGCGGAAGCGUCGGUCGUCGCGAAGCUUUUCGAAGGCAAGGGGAUCAUCAUGGGAGCGGUAAAACCAAAUGUCGGCCACGGCGAAGGCGCAUCAGGAAUCAGCAGCGUGAUCAAAGGCGUUCUCGCCCUUGAACACAACACCAUCCCGCCAAAUGUGUUCUUCAAGACGCCGAAUCCCAGGAUCCCGUUUGAGGAAGGGAAGCUCCAUGUCCCGGUUGAGGUCAUGCCUUGGCCAGAAGACCGGCAUCAGCGCGUGAGCGUCAACUGCUUUGGUGUUGGGGGCGCGAACGCCCACGCUAUUCUGGACUCGGUGUCUUCGUUUUGCGGUGACAGUGUGCGGCCUAUUUCCCAACAAUGCGAGACUGCACGUCUUCUGGUCGUCUCUGCAAGGAGCGCCGAGGCCUUGAAGCAGCGUAUACAAGCGGUGACAGACUAUGCGAAUAGCGACUUGUCCAAGCUCCAGGAUCUCGCGCAUACACUGGGUGUCAGGCGCGAGCAUCUCUCGCACCGCGCGUUCAUAGUCGCCAAGCCAAAUGAGCCGUUGGACGAGGCCGGUUUCCAGACCGGUCGCGAUAAGGCUCCUGAGGUGACGUUUGUCUUUACCGGGCAGGGUGCUCAGUGGGCAGGCAUGGGGAGGGACCUGAUGGAAGCUUUCCCGUCCGCACGAACAGAUAUCCAGAGUCUUGAUAAGGCUCUGAAAAGUCUUCCAGAUGGCCCGUCAUGGUCAAUCGAAGAUGAGAUAUCACAUUCUGCAAAGAGCAGAGUAAACGAAGCGGAACUCUCCCAGCCACUCUGCACGGCUCUCCAGAUUGCCCUCGUCAACAUCCUCUCCGCAUGGGGAAUCCCGCCUUCAUCCGUGGUCGGUCAUUCGAGCGGCGAGAUUGCAGCUGCGUACGCGGCGGGCGCUAUCACCGCAAAAGCCGCCAUCAUUAUUGCCUACUAUCGAGGAAAAUUGGCGAAGCAAGUUGAAGGGAAAGGCGCCAUGGCGGCUGUAGGUCUGUCCAGAGAGCAGGUCACGCCGUAUCUCGGCGAUGGUAUAGUCAUUGCGUGCGAGAAUAGUCCUCAGAGUGUGACACUGUCCGGGGAUAGUGCUGUAGUUGAUGAAGCAGUCGAUGCGAUUACAAAAGAUCAUCCAGAUAUCCUCUGCAGACGACUGCGAGUAUCGACAGCCUACCACUCCAGCCACAUGAGCGAGAUAGGAGCGCAGUACGAGGCAUGUGUCCAGGAGCACAUCGAGCACAAUGAAAAGGACACGAUGCUGCCGCUAUAUUCCAGCGUCACGACCAACGCCAUCACAGAGCCAUCGGAGCUAGAUGCCGCAUACUGGCGCCGGAAUCUCGAGUCGCCCGUUCUGUUCUCGCCCGCCAUUCGCGAGGUCCUCAAGACAUCAAAGAACCGAGCUUUCAUCGAAAUCGGGCCUCAUUCUGCACUAUCGGGGCCCCUGCAGCAGAUCUUCCGUGCCGUGGAAACCAAGUCAGAGCUCUUGUACAUCCCGACUUUGACCAGAAACGACCCCGACAGCCGCACGCAGCUGCUAGUCACCGCAGGACUCGUACACGCCAGCGGGAUCCCAGUCAGUUUCGACGCAAUCAACGGCCCCGGCAACACGAUCGCAAACCUCCCCCCAUACCCCUGGCAGCACAACACGCGCUACUGGCACGACAGCCGCCUAACACGCGAAUGGCGCUUCAGAUCCCAUCUCCACCACGAGCUCCUGGGCGCACGCAGCAUCGAGUCCUCCGCUCUCGAGCCCGCAUGGCGGAAUCUCCUCCGCCUCGAAGACGUCCCCUGGAUCGCCGAGCACGCACUGCAGGGGAACGUCAUCUUCCCCGCAGCCGGGUAUAUCAGCAUGGCCGGGGAGGCAGCGCUGCAGCUAAACGCCGACGCAACGGACUACAGCAUCAGGAACAUGCUGAUCAAGAACCCGCUGCUGAUGAAAGAGUCUGCGGAAUACGAGCUCAUCACGACGCUGAAGCCCGUCAAGAUCACAGACCUGCUUGAGUCGGAGUGGUUUGCGUUUACGAUUGUCUCGUUUGAUGGCGCGGUCUGGACGAAGCAUUGCCAUGGGCAGGUGCGCGCGGGGUCUGAUCGUCGGCCUACGGGGCGGGAGAUCAAGAAGCACGCUCGAGUCUUGGAUGUUGAGGCUUGCUACCGUUAUGUCGAGAGAUUGGGUUUUGCAUAUGGUCCUCUGUUCCGGCGCUUCACGUCCCUCUCUGCAGAUCCAAAUGACCGACGAGCGUCGGCGACUCUGGUUGACUUGCCGCAACCGAAACCAAGCGAUGGGUGUCGGUAUCCGCUUCAUCCCGCCAUAAUGGAUCAUCUACUGCAGGCCUUUCCCAUGGCUAUAGCGCAGGGUCUAUCGCGGCGCUUUCAGAUUAUCGUCCCCGCCGCAAUCGGGCACAUCUAUGUAAGGCGGCCCGAUGUCCCAGAGGCGGAAUUGUCGCUGGAGGCGUUGAUGGCUGAGACUGGGUUUGGGACGCUGACGGGCCAGGGGGUCAUGAUGGUAAAAGAUAGUGACGGCGAUGCUAUCCCAGUGUUGUCGAUGAUAGACGUCGCGGGAUUUCCUGCGUCUGGCGAUGGCGAGACGGCGUCUAUCCCGCUUGGCUCGCAGAUUCGGUGGGCGCCGGAUAUAGACUUCUUGGAGCCUCAGACGCUGCUUCCUCGAUCUGAGCUGGAGGAAGACUACGCGCGGGUGAUGCAGACGUAUCGGGAGUUGGGUGUAUUGUAUAUCCUCGAAACAGCGGCGAAGCUGAAGAGUGUCACCUCUGAACCAGAGCUGCCUCAGAUGAAGAAGUGGAAGGAGUGGGUUUCUUCCGCUGCAGCAAGGCUCGUUCAGCAGACAGGGGCAAGGGCAGACGGAUUAGAUACCCAAGCACAGAAAUGGGCCGGUAUGGACUCUGAAGAGCGCCAGGGCAUGAUUAAAUCUCUGCUCUCGCAGCACCAAUCCCAAACAGACACCAACAGAGACGCAGACAUACUCCCAGCCCCGCUAGAAUGCCUCCGGUACAUAUACGACAACUGUGAAGAUCUCUUAUCUGCAGAAACCCUCCCCAACGAAGCUCGAAACCAUAUCAACCAGUAUUGCACAUUCCUGUACUCCCCGCACGAGCACGGCUGGGGCCAUUUCCUCUCCCACAUAGGCCACUCGAACCCAGCGAUGCGCAUUAUUGAGAUUGGAGGUGGAACUGGGAGCGUCACGGGUGCUAUCUUGAAACACUUAAGGUCCCCGGAGGGUGUUCGGCUGUACGCGUCGUAUACCUUCACCGAUGCGUCUGGUGAGAAUAUCGAAGCUGCGAAGAAGGCUUUCGCUGAGGAGGAUGUCGAGUUCAAGCAGCUCGAUCUCACGAGAGAUGUGGCAGAGCAGGGGUUGGAGAAGGGAAGCUUUGAUUUGGCUGUUGCGUCUAAUAUUCCCAGAGAUGAAGGCGAGGAGCUGGAGACCUCACUCAAGAACAUUCGUGAGCUGCUGGCGCCGCGCGGAAGAUUGCUGCUUCAAGAGUCGAGUCGAGCGCAUCCCUCUGCUGAUUUUGUUAUGGGCCUUCUGCCAGGCUGGAGGGUGGCCAGUGGUCCCGUAGAGGGCUUUGAAUCUCCUAUGUCCAAUGAACUCGAGCAGCAACUCGAUGGACUCGGCCGGGGACUUGAUCGGGGACUUGAUCAAGGAUUUGACCAGGGACUCGACCAGGGACUUGGUCAUGGACUUGAUCAGGGACUCGACCAGGGACUUGACCAGGGACUUGGUCAUGGACUUGAUCAGGGACUCGACCAGGGACUCGACCAGCGACUCGACCAGGGACUCGACCAGGGACUUGACCAGGGACUCGACCAGGGACUCGACCAGGGACUUGGUCAUGGACUCGAUCAGGGACUUGACCAGCGACUUGACCAGCGACUCGACCAGGGACUUGACCAGGGACUCGAUCAGGGCUUCAAGGGCCUCGACAACGCCCUCCGCGCAGCUGGAUUCUCCGGUAUCUCAGCCAUAAGCAAGCACAACGCAACGCUCAGCCUUAUUUCUCGCAUCGACCCUGAAUUGCCCUCAAAGAAACCCAUCGCACUAUUGACAGAAACCAUCGUCACUUCACCCUGGGUCGAAAGCCUGAAAACCGUCCUAGAAGAGCAAGGACACGAAGUAUGCCUGUGCAAUCCGCAGACUGGUCUCCCCACUCCAGGCGAUGGAGAAAGCGACAAUGACAAAAACAAGUCCUUGAUCAUCUCCCUUCUCGAUCUAAACGGCCCAUACCUGCACGACCUAUCCAAAGACAGAUUCAAAGCUCUGCAGAAUCUCCUCACAGACCUCAACCAUCCCAUCCUAUGGGUAACAAAGACAUCGCAGUUCCGGUGCUCAGACCCACGGUACAGUCUGAUCUUCGGGUUCGCGCGAACAAUGCGGCACGAGAAGGAGGCGGAUUUCAGCACAUUCGAGACGGACGUUUUCGACGCCGCUGCAGCCAAGUCCGUCGCUUCCGUGGCGGAGAAGCUCCUAUGGUCCCGGGCAAUUAAAGACGUCGACCCCGAGUAUGAGUUCGCGUUGGAUCAGGGGAUCAUCCACAUCGGACGAUGCCACUGGGUCUCUCCGGCAGAUCAUAUGAGUGAGGCCUCGAGCGACCUUCCGCGGCGACUGGAUAUCGAGUCCCUGGGGUCCAUCGACACGCUCCGCUGGAUGCCGUUCCAGGACCCGCCGUUGCAGGAAGGGGAAGUCGAGAUCGAUAUGCAGUAUAUCGGGUUGAAUUUCCGAGACAUCCUCGUAUCCCUCGGCCUCUUCGGCGAGCCCAACGAGUUCGGCCUCGAAGGCAGCGGCGUCAUCCGCAGGGUCGCGCCAGGUGCAGUCCGGAAUCUGAAGGUAGGAGAUCGAGUGGCGCUUCUAACGACAGGGACGUUCCGGACUCGGUUCGUGGUGCACUCGCGGUACUGCCUUCGGAUCCCGGAUCACGUCUCGCUGCAGGAUGCGGCGACGAUGCCGUCGGUUUAUAUCACCGCUGCGUUUUGUCUGGGGCAUCUUGGCAGGUUGCAGAAGGGUGAGUCCGUGCUCAUCCACUCGGCCUGCGGGGGCGUUGGUCUUGCGGCGAUUCGUGUUUCUGAGUAUAUCGGCGCCAAGAUCUAUGCAACCGUCGGCAGCGAGGAGAAGGUGCAAUACCUCGUCGACCGCUUCGGUAUCCCGCGCGAGCGCAUCUUCAACUCAAGGAGCACAGACUUUCUUCAUGACGUGAUGCGCGAGACGAACGGCCGCGGCGUGGACGUCGUGCUGAAUUCCCUGACCGGCGCUCUCCUGCAUGCGUCCUGGGACUGUCUCGCCUCCUUCGGACGGAUGAUUGAGCUUGGGAAGCGCGACUUUCUGAGUGGUGGGCAGCUGAAUAUGGGGCCGUUCAUCAGGAACAGGUCGUAUAUGGGCUUUGACCUGACUCAGUUUGGCAAGGAGGCAUUUCAUAUCUAUGAGACGAUGCACUCGCAGUUUGAGACGCUCAGCGAACAGAAUGAACUCGUCCCAAUCCGUCCAAUAAAAGUGUAUGAGGCUGCGGAGGUCGUCGAUGCCUUCCGGUACAUGCAGCAGGGUAUUCAUAUGGGUAAGAUUUUGGUCAAGAUGCCUGAUGAGCCCAGCAGUCUUUCGGUUUCGCCCGGUCAGUCGCCGUUCUCUUUCCGGCCGGACGCUUCAUACCUGCUUGUCGGAGGUUUGGGCGGGCUCGGUCGUGCGGUGUCGACGUGGAUGGUGGAGCGAGGAGCUCGGUGUUUGGUGUACAUGUCGCGAUCUGCCGGCGUCUCGGAGAAAGAACAGGCCUUUGUCCAUGAGCUUGAGGAGCAAGGUUGCGAGGUGAUCUGUGUCCCUGGCGACGUGACAGUCGCUGCAGACGUAGAAGGCGCCAUAGCAAAGUGUCCCCGACCUCUUGCCGGCGUAGCGCAGAUGGCAGGCCUCCUCCAGGACGCGCUCAUCGACAAAAUGACAUACACCGAAUGGAGCACCUGCGUCGGCCCCAAAGUCCGCGGAACAUGGAACCUGCACGACGCGACCGUUUCCAGCGGCGCCAACCUCGACUUCUUCCUCGUCGUCAGCUCCGUCUCCGGCAUCUGCGGCAACCCAGGACAAUCGAACUACGCCGCAGCCAACACCUUCCUCGACUCGUUCACGCAGUACCGACGACAUCUCGGGCUGCCGGCAGCAGUGCUCUCCCUCGGCGCCAUCGAAGAAGUCGGCAUGAUGGCCGCGAACCCAGAAGCGAUGCAGCGCGCCCAAGCAUCAUCCGUCUGCUUCCCAAGCGAGCAGCAGCUAAUCGAGGGCCUGAAGCUCGCAUUAUCGCAGUGCGCGACUCCUCCAUCAGAAUCAAAACCCCUAAUGUCAAGCUCCUGCAUAAUCGGCCUCUCAAACACAAAGCCGCUCUCGGCCCCCUCCGUCCGCGCAUACUGGGUCCGCGACGCCCGAUUCGCCAUGUACACGAACCUCGAAUCCAAAAGCACCGAGCCAGCCGGUCAAGGCACAAGCAACGAACUCCGCCUGCUUCUGCGACGCGUCGAGACGAACCCCAGCCUGCUCGACGACCCCGAAAGUGAAGCCAUCGUGCGCCGCGAGAUCGGGGCGCAGGUGACGCAGCGGAUGCCGCGGGCGGAGAACAUGGACGAGGAGGAGAUUGCGGGGAUCGCGAUUGACUCGCUGAUGGCGAUUGAGAUUCGGGGGUGGGCGAGGCGGAAUCUGGGGCUGGAGAUUACGCUGGUGCAGAUUGCGAAGGCGAAGACUGUGGGGGGGUUGACGAGGGCGGCGGUGGAUCAUUUGAAGGUUAAGUAUGGGAUGAAGGAGGGAGAGGAGGUUGGGGAGGGGGAUGGGGAUGGGGAUGGGAGCACUUGA